AUGGAGAUACACCAAUCAAUUUCGCGGUCGGGUCUGAUCACCAACGUGCUACCGCGUCAUGAGCAGGGCGGCAUCUUUGCUGCCGAGGGCUACGCGCGCGUUUCGGGUUCCCCCGGUGUGUGCAUUUCCAGCUCCGGCCCCGGAGCGACAAACUUUAUGUCCGGCCUGGCGGACGCUCUCUCGGACAGCAUCCCGCUAGUGGUGAUAACCGGACAAGUCCCCAGAUGUGUCAUGGGGACUGGCGCUUUCCAGGAGACACCUGUCGUCGGCAUCACUAAAUUGGUCACUAAGAGGAAUUACCUUAUUCCCGGAUAG